UCCUCUACUUCCUCUACGAAAUCAUGGCGGUCUACGGCCCGGUUGUGAAGAUCCACCCGGUGGUUUUAGCAUCGAUAGUUGACUCCUACGAGCGCAGAAAUGAAGGGGCAAGUCGUGUGAUCGGAACAUUAUUAGGAACCAUAGAAAAACAUUCAGUUGAGGUCACCAACUGUUUCUCUGUUCCUCACAAUGAGUCUGAAGAUGAGGUGGCUGUGGACAUGGAGUUUGCCAAGAACAUGUAUGAGCUGCAUAAGAAGGUUUCACCGAGUGAAGUUAUUAUUGGAUGGUAUGCCACAGGAUAUGACAUCACAGAGCACUCUGUUCUGAUUCAUGAGUAUUACAGCCGAGAGGCUACAAAUCCCAUUCACCUCACAGUGGACACGGCACUUCAGAGCAACAAAAUGAACAUCCGCGCCUACGUCAGUUCACAGAUGGGUGUCCCAGGCAAGACAGUUGGUGUCAUGUUCACCCCACUGACAGUCAAAUAUAUUUACUAUGACACAGAGCGCAUUGGAGUUGACCUUCUACAAAGAACUCGUGCUUCUCCCAAUCGCACCAACGGGCUGACCACAGAUCUGGCCCAGGUGGGCAGUGCCGCUGGACGCAUCCAGGAAAUGCUGUCCACAGUACUUACAUAUAUAGAGGAUGUGCUGUCUGGUAAAGUGAUGGCAGAUAACAGUGUUGGUCGCUACCUGAUGGAUCUUGUGAACAAAGUGCCCAAGAUCUCAGCAGAAGAUUUUGAAAGCAUGUUGAACUCCAACAUUAAUGAUCUGCUGAUGGUCACCUACCUGGCCAAUCUCACUCAAGCUCAGAUCGGGCUCAAUGAGAAACUAGUUGUUCUGUAGAUGGAAAUACUAAAUAAAAACCUGUUUGUCAUUCCAACAA